UGUGAUAAUGACGUGACUGCAAUUUGUAUAAAGAGCUCUACUUACAGAUGGGAAAGCAAGUGAUAAGAACAAUUUUAGCUUAAAUUUACUGUAAUUAUUAGUAAUUAUCCAGUUAUCUAGUUGUGCACUCUACACACCUUCACCUGAGGUGCAAACAUCAGUUUCUCAUGAUUUUUAGCUCUAAUCCCAAUGGAAUUUAACUGGUUUUUAAGUCUCUCAUUUUCCUGUCAAGGAAAAAUGGUGGGGAUUUCCUCCAACAGGGCCUGAGACUUGCACGGAACAUGUCCAGGAAACUAUCUCCUACCAACACUGUGGACUCACAUUAAAAAAUAAUCAGGAUGAAUUCCCCUAUGAAUGAGACCGGUGAUUUGCCUGGUGCAAACGGUGGAAUUCAGAAUAUGGAAGGCAUGAAUAAGGUAACUGAGUGUCUGGUGCCCGAUGAAGAAAUUUGUACGGAUAUGAUAGCAGAAGAUGAAUAUUCAUCCUAUGAAAACAAGGACAUAUCGGUUAUGAAUUCAACGCCACAUAGCUUUAGUUUUCAAAGGGUGAUGGAUGAGUCUUGCUCCGAGAUGAACAAUGACUGGAGUCCAGUCAUGCAACGCCUAAAGCUAUUGGAGAGUCAGUUGGAAAGUAAUGAUGAAGUCUUGCAUGAAAUGGAACGCAGUCUGAAAUCAAAGACACCUAGCAAUGAAGUUGAAGAGCCCAUCGAUGAAAUUGAUCACUUAAAGAAAACAAUUAGUUCUCUUGAGCAGAAAGUUGCCAGUGCUGAAACAACCAUUUACAGCUUAGAGGAAGAAAUCGAGGAAAAAAACAAACUCAUAGAAGCCAGAACCAUGGUUAUUUCUGUUCUCCAAAAAGAUGUUGAAGCUAAAAGAGUUUCGACUAACUCGAUGUUUGAAAAAACUCAGCAGGAAAUACAAAACAUGCAUGAAAAUUUCAUGGCUUUCAAAGAAAAUAUGGCGAUCGAAAACAAAAAACUACUUGACCAGUUAGAUAGUUCUAGACAAAGGUAUCGUAAGUUGGAUUUGAAACUCAAAGAAGCAGAGAAAGAAAAAGGCAGUUUAGUUCAAUUGAACAAUGACCUAAAUUUUCAAAUUGAAAAUAUAAUGUCGUUGAACAAUCAGCUAAAGAUGAAAGUAGUUGAAUUGACCGAAAACAUUGAUAGCCCCAAACAGAAAAUCAGGGAGCUCACGGAUGAACUCGAGAGUGUGAAGCAGGAGUUCCAAAAAACUGUCCUGAAUUUAGAGCUUGAGAUCGCUCAUUACAAAGGGGAAUGUGAAAAAGUGAAGAAAAGUUUCCAAGAAAAUCAGCAACUAUUGGAGGGAGAGGUAGCUCAGUUGAAAGAAGAAAACAACAGUAUGGCAACGAAAAUUUCAAAUUUCGAAUCGGAAAUCGCUCUCCUUGAGGAUGGGAAGAAACAGAAGGAAGCCACACUCUUGGCUCUGAUAGAAGAGAAAGAGACUUUAAUCUCUGAUUUGAAGCAGACAAUUGAACACUCUCAUUCUGAACGCGACGAACUUCUGAGCCGCUUAAGUGAGGCGCAAACCAGCCUGAAAGCAAACGAGUCAAAUUAUGAGCAAAUUUUGGCGGAAGUAGUGGAGCUUCGAUCAGCUCUGGAUGCAGUGAGACUCAAUGGCAGCAGUGAGGAAGUGGCUUGCUCCUUAAACAACGAAAUCAAUGUUCUCCAAGAUCAACUGUGUGGAAGUAAAAAUGAGCUGGAACAAGAGAAACACCGCGUCCAGAUGCUAACUGAGACAAUAGAUGAACUGGAGGAGAAGAUUCAGGACUCAGACCUGUUACUGUUGGAGGAGAAACAGAAUACUAUCAACAUCAAGAAAGAACUCGACCACUUAAAGCAGCAACUUGCAGAAAAAGAGGAAGAGUUAGUCCGUGAGAAAGGAAGUGCAAUGCAGUUGCAGGAGAAUUUCUAUCAUGUACUAAAUGAAUUGGAGCAAUACAAGCAACACUAUAACCAAAACAGCUCUGAAUCACUAGAAAUCCAGCAAAAGUUGGAUUCAGCCGAAGAAGAAAAAGCAAGACUUGAAACUGUAAUCAGCAGUCUGCUCAGAGAUGUCAUCAGUAUGACAGCCAAGUCCACUGAAACUGAAAUCAAUUUUGAAAAGGAAAAUCACCUCUAUGUAAUUCUUCAAGAGAAAUUCACCGAAUUAUCAUCCACGUUCCUGCAGACUACUGCGGACUUAAAGCAGAAAGAAGACAUAAUUGCCAACUUGGAAGCUGAAGUGAAGCAUCUCCUGAAGGACAAGGAAGAAGCUAUUUCCAACUUGCAAACCGAGCAGGACAAUAUUUUACAGAGUAAGGAGGAUGCCAUCGCCUCGUUGCAAAAAGAGAUUGAAAGUUUGAAACAAAACGAUGAAGAGCGAAUCUCUCUUCGAGAUAUGGAGGCAUAUAUCUCGCAGCAAGAUGAGAUGAUUAAGGAACUCAGAGGAAAAGUGCAGACUGAAAUGGAAGAAGCCAACCGUUUGGCGGCAACAUGUAAAGACCUAGAGCAAAGAUUGAACUCCUACGCGGAAUAUACUUCAAAUGAGAUAGCGAAUAGAGAUAGUAUGAUACAAAAUCUUCAGAUGUCAUUGGAGCUUAAGAGAGGUGAGCAAGACCCAUCCAUGGAGCUUCAGCAGCUUCAGGCGAGGGCAAGUUAUCUGGAACAGACGCUAAUGGAGGUGAAUUCAAAUUUGAAUGAACGGAGUAUGAGGCUCCAAGAAGUCGAGAGUGAAAAUGAGAAGCUCAAAGCAAAAGUGGCGGAAAUAUCCGUGGAGGAAUUGAUGGAGCUACGGAAAACAUUGAGCGAAAAUGAAAGCAGACUUGCAGAGAAAAUUAAAUCUCUUGAUGAACUAUCUGGUCAGCAUAACGAGUUGCUUGCAAAGUUUAAUGAAAUUUCAAAUUAUGUAUCAGCUGCAGACGCCGAAUUGAUUAAUAAGGAUCAUGCUAUAAGGAAACUUGAGGGGCAAAUCGAAGAUCUUCAAAAUUCAAAAGAAAUCCAGAUCGAAGAGUUACAGGCAUCAUUGAAUGAUUUGAAAGAAGGGAUGUUUAAAGUGCAAGCCGAACGUGAUUCAGCUCAGAGUCAGUAUGCAGAAGUUCAGCAGACUCUUCAAUUCAAGUUGGAACUAUGUGAUAAACUUAAAAUGGAAGUUGAAAACCUCUCUGCCGAAAGGGACAAAUUGUCUAGUUAUGAAUCAGAAUGUGCAAUGUUCUCUCGCCAGCUGAAAGAUAUAGAAAUUUCCAAAUCACAACGACAUGCAGAGGUUGAAGAGGAAUUAUUGCAAGCUACAAAUAUUACGCAGCAGCUUACAGAUGAAAAUAACAAACUCUUAAAUCAAGUCAUUCAGCUUAGCGAUGAUAUCAAAUACAACCAAGUCGAAAAAAUUGCAUUAACAGAUGAACUUAGUACUUUGAGAAAGUCACUCCAAAGCCUUAAAGAUGAAAAUAUGGCGCUCAAAGAUGAGGCGAUGUUGACUUCUGGUCUUCAAGAGCAAAUAACAAGUUUAGAACAGCUUAUCAAUGAAAAAGAGCAACUAAUCUCCGAAAUGCAAUGCAAGCUAAGUGCAAGUGAAGAGUGUGUGAGAGAGCAAAUAAAACCUGUUGAGGAGGUAUCACCGAAGAAUUCCAUCCCUGGCUCUUUUGACAGUAAUGAAAUAAACGGAACCCUCCUACCUCUGGCACAAGAGUACCUUCAAAUUAAUUACGAACUUUUGAUUUUAAAAGAUCUCUUGGAAGAUUUAAUAGACAGCGAAAUCGGUAAAGAAUGCUCUGAUUCAAACCUGAAAAUAGUUUUAGAAAACCUUGAAAGUGACCUGCUAAGUUCAGAAGCAGUUCUGAAAGGCUUUGAGUCUAAGCUGCGUAGAUCCCCUGGCUUUAGUAGUGAUACUUUAGAAUCAUCUGUGGCUUCUUUGAAAUUGUAUGUUGAUCAGAUAACAAAACAAAUAGCAACCUGUGGGGAGGUCCUAAAGGACUUGGUCGUAGUGAAAAAUCCUUCUACUAAAACUUCAUUCGAUGUUGAAGUACAGACAGAGGAAGUGAUGCAGCCCAAGCUGCCAUCACCAUUGAUCUCGGAGAAUCUUGAAAAUUGGGAUUGGGAGGUUGAAAUCAACGAUAGUGAAAUUAAGCUCGAUGAAAAUUCAACAUCUAUCCAGAGUGAUAGUCCAUUGCAUGGAGAGCUGAAAUCGACAAAGAAUGAAGAGGCUAAUUUCACCACCAAUACAUACACAAAUGAUGGAGUUCUUCCUGCUGUAAAUAAUUUAGGAUUAACUGAAAUACCUUCUUCCAGACAUGAUGCAACAAACCUAGGAGUCUCUCAUAUCCACACCGUGGAUUCGAGUGAUAUUGAAUUUCAGCCUUCAAAUUGGGAAGAUCAUGAACCACUAGAUAGGCUCACAGUCAUGGAAGAACCCGGAAAUUCCAACACAGCCAAUUCUUAUAAUCAUGAUACUCACCAUGACUCUCAUAACCAUCAUGAUCAUUCCCACUACCAUGACCAUAGUCAUGAACACAGGCACGAAAGUGAACAUGAACAUGUUCAUGACCACGAGCAUGAACACAAUGAUCAUUUUUGUGGAUCUCAGGAACAUAGUCACCAGUCUACAAAAGUUUCUCAGGAAACUGAGGCAACAAAUAAAGAAUCUGAACCGGCUGAAGGCUCUCAGGAAGAUGAAGAGGAUGAACCAUAUGUCGGAGGAUACCUGCAGGACAAUCAGCUGAUUGUCGUCAACAAGGCCUCCUACGAAGAUAUGAAAGUCAAGCUCGAUUCUAUUUUGUACAAACUUCAUGAAAAGGAUGUUCAGAAUAAUGAGUUUAAACGAGAGUUAAUUGAGUUAUUAAAGGAAAGGGAUAUUCUGCAACUGAAAUUGUCAUCAGCAUAUCGCCUCCUUGCAAAUCAAGAAAAGGAGACGACUGACACAAAUGGAUCUUCAAACUCAAUUAAAAAUGAAGAGCUAAUUUCAAAGAUUAAUGAGCUUGAUUCUCUGAGUGCAUGGCAUGAUCCAAGGGUGACCACUGAGAAUGACCAAAAGAAUAUGCAAGCAUUAUACUCUAGUCAAGCUUUGCCUGCCAAUCUUAGACCGCAAAAAGAAACUGAUUUAUCAGAAGCAGAUUCGGAAAGUGCAAUUUAUAGUCUCUUCAAUUGGAUCACUGGAAGUCGGUGAGGAGGAACAAUAUUCUUCCCUCUUGUUAAGAAUUUUCCCAGUACGGUGGCAACCACUAAAUGCGUUGUUCGAAUCAUUGAAUUAAAACGUAUGACUCUAUCUUCAUGGCCGUAAUGUUCCUCUCAUCAAAUGCGUCAGGAUUCAAGCCCCUCGUACAAUUUGACUUGUUGGCGGGAAAACUUCGUGAAACAAUUUUGGUGGUGGAAAAUCAUGAAGUCCAACGGAGUAAUGGGCACAUUUUCAAGCCAAAGCUGUUUUCUCCAACAAGCCUUUUCUCAGCCAGCUCAAACGAGCUGAUACUGUGAAUAUCAAAGGCAAAGCAACCAAAUAGACUAAUGAAUGGUGCUUACAAUGCUUUGUGGCAAUGUGAUGUGGAGCUCACCGCAGUUCCGACAGAGCUGGCUGUUCUUGAAAACAGCAGCCUCAUCAGAGUGUAUCAUUAUUUUAUUGUAAGGCGGACCAACAAGAAUUUGUUCGAACACAACAGUUGACCUUAUGCAAAGACCUGCAAGACUCUUUAUUCCUUUUUGCACAAAUUAUUUGCUCUGUAUGGCAGAUUUUACGAGCAAUAAUAUUUUAUAGUUCUCCUGUUCAAUCUUAUGUCAAUUGAUGCUUUUCUUCAAAAAGCUUCUCAUGAAACCCUUUUGCUCUUCAGUCGGACAAUGAUUCCAAGUGAUAAGACAAUUCCAAAUUUACUGAUAGAGAUUUCUCUCUUUUGCCUUUUAUGGAGGUAUCUACACUUGCCAUUUGCCAAGAGGAAAAAAAUUGUUGCUUGUUAAGUUUUAGUGUAAAAACACUCCGCACAUUAUCAUAGCUCGUUUUUUUACUCUAUUUUUAUUUUUUACUUAAGAGUCUGUGACCUCAUCCACAAAUUAACUUUUACAAAUUCAAUACGUAAUAUUUAGAAUUAGUCUUUCCUUGAAAAAUCGAGGAUGAUGUCUCCUCUCUGGAUUGGCACAAAGCUGGGCUUGGCCUUACCAAACGGUGGUAGUUAAAUCUAUUCAUCUCAGGGAGCAUGAGCACCUUUCUUGAUCAACUAUUUCUAACCAAAAUAAUAGAGUUACUAGUAUGGUAAAUGGGAAAUUCUCAAGCAUCAAUGGCUUCUGUCAAUAAUGCAGCAAAGUUGAUCAAUUUGUACUGGUUUGGUAGAUCUUUUUUUGGAUGAGGUUGCGGUUUUGUAAAUGAUAGGAAGCAAUAUUGUUGAAAAUGAUGAUAGGUCUGUUUUCACCUUAGCUGACAUUAUCAUCUGUUGUUUUUUUAGAAUAAUAAUCUAUACCUGUUAAAAGCAGAGAUAAUGCCAAAUAUUUGUACAUUUUUGUAAAAUUGUGUUAUUUUAAAUAAAAUUUUAUCUUGCAAAAAAAA